GUGCAAUGUUUACUAUACAUCUAUCUCAUUUUGACAAUUUUCCUACUCUAUUCGAGACUUGACUUGGCUUCGUUCGUUUUCUGCUGCUGAAAUUCUUACACUUUUCUCCGCGUGUACGGACGACGGUGUGUUCCUCUUAUAUUUGUUUUUUUUUCUGCUGCUGUUGUUGCUGUUUGAGCUCUUACGCUCUCUUUCAAGUCAAAAGAAAGAGAUUUCUUCGUCGUCUUUCUUUUUUCUUUUUUCCAGUUUUGGCUUUUUUCUAUUCGCGAAAUUCGUUCGCAUUUCGGUUUUAGUUUUCUAACAUGAACGUUAUCAUUCAGUCCGGACUGUUAUUCGAAUCUAAAACGCUUUAAUUUUCUAGUUUUCUCUACUGAUGACAUCUUUUUUUGCAAACGAACGAUACCAACAAAAAAUAAUAAUAAUAAUAAUAAAAAAACGACGACGACGACCGCGACGACAAAAAUGUUAUCAUGUGUAAAUUCCAAAAUAAGACAAAAGAAUAAUCGCGUGUGUGUGGCAUAGAGAAAAGUGCGCAAGAAGGAUAGAAAAGCCCAUUCUCUCCAUGUCAUUCAAUGGUAGAGGAUUUUACGCUGUUUUUUCAUUUCACUCUAAAAAAUCUGCAUCGCUUUUCCCUUUUACUGCCUAUUGUGUUGUUGAUUUUUUUUAUUGCUGUUUUGCGAGAAGGAGGCACAACUGACACACAACUGAUUAACACAUUUUGAGCAACCAAAAAAAAUAUAUAUCUUUUUUUUCGCUUCAGUGCUUAAUCAUCAGCCGAGAGGUAUUCUUCUUUCUUCUUUCACUUCAUCAUUGACGAUACAUUCUUCAUGAGGACUCUCAAGUGAACUUAAAGCUGUGCGUUAUUGUUGGUUUUUUUUAGUACAAUUCUGUUGAGUGAAAUUAUAAACUUGAAAGAGCCUAUGCCUGUUUUAUUGCAUACGAAUUUUGUUUUUGCAACUAAUGUUGCAACUAAUAUUGUUAAUUUUUUCUUGCAACCAGUGUGAUUGAAGCAAAAAAAGAAGAAGAUAAAACAAUGUUCAACACUUUUUUGAUAAAGAAUAUUUAUCUGCCACCGAAACAUCGUAGAAACCUAAACCUAAACUGACUGAAGAGGAAAGAAAAUAACAAAAAAAAUUAUAUAAAAGGGAGUUUAAAAAAGUGAAAAGAAGACAAAAGAAGACAAACAGUUGUUAAGCCUUUGUUAAAUAAUCUAAACUUUUUGAACCAUAGUUCGCGAUUUAUAGACACUUUUUUGCUCCUGUGCACUCGUCUUUGUUAUUGUUGUCAAAUCGAGCGCAAUUUUGGGCCUAAUGUGAUUUUAUUUUCGAAUGCGAAACAAAAAAAGGGUACACACAACAAAAGUGACAGAAUAAAAACACACACACAGUGAUCAGUGUGAUGGAAAAUCGCCCAUUAACGAAUGGUACGGUAAUCAUAAAUGCCACGAACAUAAAAACGGUUGAUAAUGAAUUACGUGCUAUAAUGAAGCAGCAAUAAUAGUUUAAGUGUGUAUAACAAACCACAUCAAAAGCAUACAAUCACCAACUUAUGAUUUUGUGAGAAUAAAAAACUCAACAUCAACAUCAACAAUGAAAUUUAAAAGAGAAUGUAAUUGUAGUUGUUAACAAUUAAAAAUUCGCAUCGAAACAAACCUUCGUCCUGCUUUGUAAAAUAAGAAAAUUAAAAGAAAUCUGAUAAAAUUGAUUCCAGCACUGAAAAUGAAUGGGCGGCAUUAGAAUGAAAUGUUCUUGCACAUAUGCAUCUUUAUAUUGAAUCGAUGUCAUAUCAAAUCAAAUAAACCAACACAAAAUUAAAAUUAAUGCAACCGAAAAACUACAAAUAAUAUUAAAUCAAACGAAUUAACAUGACACACCAUAUAAGUAAAUAGAUAUUUAAAAAAAAAACGAAAAACGAUAUUUGCAUUGCAAAAUCCAUAAAUUAAACAUAAAAUACAACGAGACAGAUUUUAAUAAGAUCCUGCAUGAAUGGAUGAAUGAAUGAAUAGCAACGCCUGUACCCCAAUUGUUUGGAACAAACGAGAAAAUCCAGUGUGGUAGAAAAUGUGUUGAUUUUACCGUGUAUACAUCGUGUCAUAUUUAUGCAAUUCAUUCACUCAGUCAGUCACUUACUUUCCAACUCGCUCACACACUCACUCCUUAAAAGCCAUUGUCUAUUCGCACGCCAGUGUAUGAAAUACAGCUGAAUCGGAGCCGUUCCCAUACAUAAAAUACCAUUUAAAAUAAAGCAAAAGUUUUGCAUAGAUAUAAAUCGUGUAAACAUGAUUAAAUCAAAUACUAACUAUCUAAUUCUGUUGUGAUUAGUAUGUCAGCGUUGUUUUAAUCGUUUUCAUCAAUUGAUGUGCGUGUGCGUGUUUAAAUGUGCAAGUGUUUUUACGUAUAAAUUGUUUACUUAACACAUCAACAUCUAAGGAUACGAGGAAUUAUUUAAUAAACAAUAAACAAUCACAAGACAUACUAUACUAUAUAUAACGAAUUUCUUUGAUAGCAACGUAUACAGAUAUAUAUAUAUAUUUGGUGUUAAGAAGCAAAGAAAAAUUAUAUACACACAUAUAUAUUAUAAUAAAAUUAAACUAAUACGACUGUGGUGUUAUUUCGUCUUUUUAAUUCUAAUGCCAUUUACGGGCUGUUCAUAAGCAAAAUAAAAAUAAAACCAACAAACAAACUAACAAAUAACAAAUCCAAUACAACAACAACAACAACAACAAAAAGAAAAUGAAUUCGCUACAUCGGCACAAUCGAGCGUAUAUCGCUCUCGUAAUAUUAUUAGCGUAUGUUACGGGUAGUAGUUCGGUUGCCAAUAAAUUGGAAAUUCGAUCGAAUGACACGACAAUAGCAAAAAGUCUUGAUUGGUCAGAUGAAAAGAUUCAAUGCGUCGAUGGAGUAAUAUUAAAAAAAUGGUUACCACAAGAGAAUCUAACAUUGCAGGACGUUGUGAUACGUGGUUCCGUUUACUUUUUUAUAUUAGUGUACCUGUUUAUUGGCGUUUCAAUUGUAUCGGAUCGUUUUAUGGCGGCGAUUGAAGUAAUCACAUCCAAAGAAAAAGAAGUCAAAGUCCGGAAAUUAAAUGGUGAAACGCAAAUUGUUGUCGUUCGCGUAUGGAAUGAGACGGUAGCAAAUUUAACAUUGAUGGCAUUGGGUUCGAGUGCACCCGAAAUUUUAUUGUCAAUCAUUGAAAUAAUUGGAAAAGAUUUUGAGGCCGGUGAUCUGGGUCCAUCGACGAUCGUCGGUUCGGCUGCAUAUAAUCUAUUUGUUAUCAUUGCACUUUGUGUGCUUGUCAUACCAACACCAGAAGUGCGACGAAUUAAACAUUUACGCGUAUUUUUUGUGACAUCGUCAUGGUCGGUGUUUGCCUAUAUUUGGCUGUAUCUCAUUUUAGACUAUAUAUCACCCGGUGUGGUUGAGCCAUGGGAAAGUCUUCUAACCUUUAUGUUCUUUCCAUUGACGGUGCUUACGGCCUACAUUGCCGAUCGACGCCUACUUAUUUACAAAUACAUUGGCAAAGAGUAUCGAAUGAAUAAGCAUGGCGUUAUGGUACAAACUGAAGCUAGUGAUUUAGCAUUUGAAAUGAAUGGACAUGAUGAUAAUAUAAAAUCCUUUACCGAUGGUGGCAUCAUCACCGAAGAGGUACGAGAUUUUGAAGAGGCACGACGCGAAUACAUUACAACAUUGAAAAAUUUACGCCGAAAAUACCCACAAAGCGAUUUAGAAAAUUUAGAAAUUAUGGCACAAGAACAACUCAUGAAUAAUGGACCCAAAUCUCGUGCAUUCUAUCGUAUUCAAGCAACACGCAAAAUGAUGGGUAGCGGUAAUAUUAUGCGAAAAAUAUCGGAACGAGCUCAAAGUGAUUUGAGCGAAGUGAAAGCCGAACUACAACGUGUUGAUAUUGAUCUUCUCGAUGAAGAGGUUGCGAUGACAAAGGUUUAUUUUCAACCCGGCCACUAUACAGUUAUGGAGAAUUGCGGUGAAUUUGAAUUAAGAGUGGUACGAGAUGGUGAUUUAACACGAGAAUGUUCGGUUGAUUUUGAAACGGAAGAUGGAACAGCUGAAGCAGGUAGCGAUUAUGUUGGUAAAAAGGGUACGCUCGUAUUUCCGCCCGGCGUCGAUGAGCAACGCUUUCAAAUUGAGGUCAUUGACGAUGAUGUAUUUGAACAGGAUGAACAUUUUUAUGUUAAAUUAACAAAUGCAUCGAACGAUGUUACAUUGGCCACACCAUCCGUUGCAACUGUCAUGAUUUUAGAUGAUGAUCAUGGUGGUAUAUUCGCAUUUAGCUCAAAAGAUCAUGAAUUAUGCGAAUCGGUCGGCGUUUAUGAAUUAAAAGUUCAACGAUUUUCGGGCGCUCGAGGUAAAGUUAUAGUGCCGUAUUGGACGGAAGACGGCACAGCCAAAAGCGGAAAAGAUUAUGAAAUGAUGCAAGGCGAAUUGGAAUUUGAUAAUAACGAAAGCGAAAAAUGUAUUCCGUUGGUGAUUUUGGAGGAAGGCAGCUACGAAAAGGAUGUUCUGCUUUACGUCAAUCUCGGUGAACCGCAAAUGGUUGGAGACGAUGAACUAGCUAAUGCAAUAACGGAAGCUGAGGCAAAAGCUCCCGAAGAUCUAACGGAAAAAGAUAAAAUGGCAUUACUUGGCCGGCCAAAAAUGGGCGACAUCACUCGUGCACAAUUGCGAAUCAAAGAGAGCAAAGAGUUCAAGAAUACCGUCGAUAAACUGGUGCAACGAGCAAAUGCUUCCCUUCUUAUCGGAACGUCUUCGUGGAAAGAGCAAUUCGUUGAUGCAUUAACAGUGAGUGCAGGCGAUGACCAUUCAACGAUGGAUGAAGCGGAUGGUGAAUGCGAAGAGCCAAGUCCAAGUUGUGGCGAUUAUAUUAUGCACUUUUUGACAUUGUUUUGGAAAAUAUUGUUUGCUUUUAUUCCACCGACAGACAUUUACGGUGGAUAUGUAUGCUUUGUUGUGUCGAUUUUUGCCAUUGGCGUUGUCACUGCCGUUAUUGGAGACGUUGCAUCACAUUUUGGCUGUACUUUGGGUAUUAAAGAUUCGGUGACCGCUAUUGUCUUUGUUGCGUUGGGUACAAGUGUACCAGAUACGUUUGCGAGCAAAGUGGCUGCCAUUCAAGAUAAGUAUGCUGAUGCAAGCGUUGGAAAUGUAACUGGCAGCAACGCUGUAAAUGUGUUCCUUGGCAUUGGUGUGGCGUGGACCAUUGCCGCUGUUUAUCAUUGGUGUCAUGGAUCUCAAUUCGUGGUCAAUCCUGGAAACCUGGCAUUUUCGGUGACGUUAUUUUGUUCGGAAGCAGUUAUAGCGAUAAUAAUUUUAUUGGCCCGACGAAUGAAAGUAUUUGGCGGCGGUGAAUUGGGCGGUCCUGGUUGGUCCAAAUAUAUUAGUGGUAUACUGUUAUUUGGUCUAUGGAUUAUUUAUUUGGUAAUGAGCAGUUUAGAAGCUUAUGGUGUAAUCAAAGGAUUUUAAAUAUAUACACGUAAAUAGAAGAAUAUAUAUAUACACAAAAAGAAUGGAAUGAUGAAGAUUGGUUGCAAAUUUUAGUUAAAAUGAAAAUAUUUGUUAAAAUGAGAUUGAUAAUAUGAUAUGAUAUUGAUGAUUAACUACAACAACAAUGAUUGAUCAAAAACUGUAUACAAGCUUGUAUGUUUUUAUGAUAUUUAAUUGAAUUGAAAUGAGAAAUGGUAAAAAAAAACAUUUUGUUCAUUUGUUACACGUAUUUUUACACAAACAUCUAUAUUUGCAUACUUCUAAGUCAAAUAUUAUAUAUUUGUAUUUUAAAAAAAUGAAAAAAAAAA